GGGAUGAAGAAGCGUAGGGAAGAUGACCAGACUGUGUGACGCAUUGACUUAUGUUGUAACCGUCGGCAUUGUCUACUCACGGCCGUUGCGGUCUCUUGAUGUCCCUGUCUGUAGUGGUGGGCAAUGCGGUCUCUUGAUGCAAACAAACAUGCUCCCGAACCCACCACCCCCCCGCCCCUGUCUGUGUGUAUGGACACCACUAAUCAACUCUGUACAUACAAGCAAUCCAAUCACCGUUCCUCGCCUCUCUGCACCCAUUCCACACGGCCGCCCUCUCGCCAGCACCUCUUGUACACGAUCGGCCGCCCGUUUGGAAAGAGGGCAGAUGGGUCUGGAUGGCCCCUCAUGAAGCGCCACUUGGCCCGCAGCUGGUCGGGGAAAUGGCUCGGCUCGCACUGCGGGCUGGUGCUGCAAUGCCACACGCAGAACGAACAGGGACGAGAAUGAUGCAUGCAGUCAUGUGUGUAAGAAUAUCUGGUCGCUUCCUUGCCUGCAGUGUUUGAGGAUGAAGGCAUCGUUUGCAUUAAUAAGGAAGUCCAGCAGGUCAUCCGGCAUCGUCGAACCACUGCCCGCCUCCUCAGGCGCGACGGCAAUCGCAUACUCUGCACAUCACAUCCAUCACGGCGACGAAACACAACAAAACACGGGCGCAUUGAUGCUUUGCUUUCUACAUGUCAGCGGCUCAGUGGCUGACCGUCAUGGGAUGGAUUGUAGUAUUCGACCGGGUUGCCGUCACUGGAGCUGCUCGCCCAGUGGCGCAACGGCAGCGACACGCUCGGCAAGGCGUCUUGAGCAAACACGACGGGCCCGACGUGGCCACUGCGGCUAUCCAUGGCCAUGCCCCACACACGCACGCGCCGCGUCCCACUCUCCUCCACAGUGUUGACCACAUCCACGCAGCACACGCGCAGCCGACACUCCACCGUCGGCAGCUGGUGGAACAGGCCGAGACCCACGGCCAGAUUCCUGCGGGACAUGGCCGCUGGGCGAGACCCAGGGUGGUCGGCGAAGGCACCCAACAGGUGCAGCUCGGCCCGGUAGGGGGGUAGGGUGGGGGGAGGGGAGGGCAGGAGGGCUUCGAUCCGCGCCCUCAGGUUCCUGUCUUGGUUGAGUGCGCCGUCCAUGUGGCAGCAAAUACAUAGGGAGCGGCCGGGGAGCUGCACCCGGAGAAGGGCAAUCACGCAUGUUGUUGCGUCCUGCAUACACACGCGGCAGGCAGGCAGGCAUGCUUUGCAUCUGGCCUGGUGUGUGUGGCUCUUCUCCCAGAUCACCUGUGACCCGAUUAGAAGCGACUGCUGCUGGUGCUGCUGCGAAGAGGGCGGAUUGCCGUCUAUCGACGGCGCCGCAUCACUAAAAGUGAACGCCCACUCCGCCUGGUGGCAAUAAAUGGCACUGUCUGCCUGCACGAGGCCCACAUCCUCCUUGACGAACGCCAGCGUUGCGGCUGAUGUGUAGCGCUCGGCAGGUAUGUCCUGCUGCUGUAUGGGCCGGGCUGCUGGUGGCUGUAUAGAUGGGUGAACAAGCACACCCUCGUGGCGCUUCAGGGCAGCAAGCACAGACUCGAGUGCGGGAGCCGAUUCAGGGAGCCUCUCUCCAUCAACCAGCAGGACCAUGGGGAUAGCGCUACGAGGGCCUCGUGUUGAUCACUGAUCUGAUGACGGUAGCACACGCGCACGAGUGGAUCAGGUGUGUGUUGAAGGCUUCCUUCCUACCUCUUGCUAGCACUCUGCUCCGUCUACGCAGAAAUCUCCCCGCGACAAGACGCCCCG